AUGUUAAAUGAAUCUUAAAGUUCUCAAUAUAAUGAAUAUUUCUAUAAAAUACCUGCUCAUAGACACAAAAGAUAUUAUGAAAAAUAAAUAUCCUAAAAAGGUAAAAAAAUGGAUCAAAGAUAAAUUUUUCAUUAUAAAAUCAAAUUUUUGUUCUAGCUCAGCAUUCAUUUGUAAGGUUUCUAAAAUGAAAAAGAGCUUAAAAUACUAAUAAGAAAGGGAAAAGAGUCGAAAAAAUUUCAGAAAGGAAAUUUCAGCUUUAAGGUAAUAAUGAAUAUGUAUAUUUCUAGAAUAUUCUGUAAUAUCAUAAAUAGGACAAUGAUGGAUUAACCUAUACUUUCAUCUAAAAGAUGGUUUAAAGAAAAAUAAAAUAUACUUGGUUAUUCAAAUGA